GCGAUACAAUUGUGUCUAUUCCUACCUACCAAAUUCGACAAGUUAUGAUAAAAAGGUGAGUGUAAGUGUGGUCCUAAUUAGUUACUCCUUUAUUGAUUGCAAGAAUUAAUAAGAUAGAGGAUCAGUGGAUGGAUAACAUGUGAAUACAGACAGUGACUCAGAGGUUCGAAACACAUGAUGGAACAAACAGCUGCUGGGGACGAGAAAUAUCCGGGAAAAGUGUGCGUAACCGGAGGAACUGGUUUUCUUGCAUCAUGGCUUAUCAAGAAGCUUCUUUGCCGCGGCUAUUAUGUUAACGCCACCGUUCGAUCCCACUCUCCAGACAAAAAGAAAGACCUCAGCUUUCUAACAAGUUUGCCACAAGCCAAAGAAAGGCUUCGAAUUUUCAUCGCCGAUCUCGGCGAUCCACAGAGUUUCAAGGCUGCGAUCGAAGGGAGCGUGGGAGUGUUCCACGUGGCUCAUCCGAUAGACUUAUUGGGGACAGAAACUGUCGAAAAGAUCACAGAAAAAUCCAUAAAAGGAACAUUAGGCAUUCUGCAAUUGUGCAUUGAUUCGGGGACUGUUAAACGAGUGGUCUACACCUCAAGCGUCGCAACAAUUUUUCCAAAAGAGUUCAGCGGCGAUGAUGGAGGUGAGCUGGACGAGGAGUCAUGGUGCGACGUCGAUUUUAUGAAGAAAUUGAACUUUCCUGGAGCUGGUUAUUGCAUUUCGAAGACGGUGACUGAAAGGGCUGCUCUUGAGUUUUCCGAGAAGCAUGGUUUGGAACUUGUCACGGUGGUUCCAUCGUGGAUACACGGACCGUUUGUGUGUCCUAAUCUCCCCGGUUCGGUGCACUCAUCGCUCGGAUUGAUUUUUGGAAAUGAGAACCAAAUCAAAUAUGGAAAGAUCACUCCUAUGGUGCACACCGACGAUACUGCCGAGGCGCACAUAUAUCUUUUCGAGCAUCCAAAUGCCAAAGGAAGGUACAUUUGCUCGGCCGUGGAAGUCACAAUCGAGGAGUUGGUUGAUCUUCUUAGAUCGAGGCAUCCGGACCUUAAAUUGGUUAAUCCCGAAAGUGUGGUUAAUCGAGCAGCAAACUUCAAGGGGCUUUCGAGCAAGAAGCUGUUGGAGAUUGGCUUCAAGUAUAAAUAUGGGAUUGCGGAAAUGUUUGAUGAUGCUAUUCGAUGCUGCAAGAAAAAUGGAUGGCUAUGAAUUCAAAUAUUUCAUCAUAAUAAUAAUAAUAAUAAUAAUAAUAAUAAUACUUUCUCCGUUGUCCAUCUUUUUAUUUUCGUCUGUUGUAUUUAUUGUCACUUUUUUUUUAAAAAGAAUUAAACACUU